AUGGGUGGAACCAGGUCGGACGGUGCAAAAGCUACAACAGACGAUCCACAAUUAUUCAGGAACACCACGAACGACACACAGUACUUCAGCGCUCUGCACUUGUUCGGGAUAAGCAGGAGUCAUGCAAUUCUGUUUUCACUAUACCUUACAAUGUUCCUCACUGCUCUAGACAUCACAAUUGUGGGAACUGCCCUUCCAGAAAUCACGAGCCAGUUUGAAGCGUCCGCUGCACAGUACACCUGGGUUGGAAGCUCAUACACCUUGGCGAGCACUUCCACAACGCCGCUUUGGGCUGGCGCGUCAGAUGUGUUUGGGCGAAAGCCGGUCCUGAUGGCUGCAAACCUCGCUUUUCUGGUUGGAAGUACCCUUGCUGGCUCAAGCACCUCGAUUGGAAUGCUUAUUGCCGGCCGAACAAUUCAAUGCUUUGGUGGGGGCGGGCUUCUUAUAUUGAACACCAUUGUCAUCGCCGAUCUAUUUGAGUUCAAAGACAGGGCGAAGUAUUAUGGCUUCACGGGAGUCAUAUUUGCUGUCUCGUCCGCCAUCGUUUACAUAAACCUCCCACUCGAGGGUAUUUCGCUUGUCGUACUAACGUUCUUCUUCAAAUUGAAGAAAUCUGUACGGAAGCCGCUCCAAUCUCUUAUGGGCUUUGACUGGCUUGGAGGGAUCGGCGUGCUUGGAGGGACCAUCAGCUUCCUCUUAGGCCUAGAGUCUGGCGCAAGUGUACAGCAUUCCUGGAAAUCUGCCUACACUCUCGGUUUAGUGAUUUCUGGCCUCGUGAUACUGGUUUUAAGCUUCCUUUGGGAGUGGAAGUGCGCGAAACAGCCCCUGAUCCCCAUCAAAGUCCUUGUUGGAAGAUCGAACCUUGCUGCUCUGGGAACCGCACUCGGUCACAGUAUUGUGUUCAUCUCAUACGACUUUUACUUACCACUCUAUUUCCAAACUGUCCUCCACACAUCGCCCAUCAUCUCCGGCUUGUACCUCCUGGCUUUGAUCCUGCCGCUGUCGAUUAUGUCCUUUGUAGCAGGACUGUAUAUCAGAAAGACAAACAAGUAUUGCCGAGCUUCGCUACUCGGCUCCAUCCUGAUGACUUUGGGAACCGGUCUGUUCAUAAGUUUUGGAUCAACCACCAACUUUCCCAAAAUCUUUCUCUAUCAAAUCAUUGCCGGAAUCGGUGGAGGAGUUCUUUUCUUGUCGCCCAUGAUGGCACUUCAAGCUCAUCUUUCUCCUGAGAAUAUUGCAGCUGCGCUAUCCGGGUUCACCUUUCUCCGUAAUUUAGGAACUGCAUCCUCGAUCGUGGUAGGCGGUGUGAUUCUUCAAAAAGGCUUAGGAACCAAUACAUUGACUACUGGUCACGGAGGUGUGAUUCCAACAGGGAUCACUAAAGAAAAGUACACCUCGGCAUUGAGAAUAUUAUUGAUUUUUUACACAUCAAUCUGUGGUGUGAUGCUUCUGGCUUCUCUCUUGAUCGCACAAAAGGAAGCAGAUGCCCAGCAUGUGGGCCAAGAUAAUCUUGAGCAAGUGGACAUGGAGAUUUUCACUGGAACUAAAGGCGAGAAAGCUUAA